CCCAGCGACAACAGGAUACCACCGUGGGCAUCGUUGCCCGUCGAUAUCCUCAAGGACAUUUUCGUCUAUAGUGUAGUCCGAGAGAGUAAACACUUGCGCUCGCCAGAAGCAAGCGCGGAUGUCUCAUGGCUUCUCAAAGCCGCGCUCACAUGCCGUGCAUUCACACUGCCUGCCUUGGAAGCGUACUACGAGUCGCCUGUCCUUCUCAACACGUUACAGCCUCAUGAGCUAGUGGAGCUGCUACGCCACUCGGAUAAUUCCCGAUACAUGAAUUACAAUGUAAAGAUCAAGCAUCUGCGGAUCGACGUUGAAAUUCUAGCGCAUGUCGCUCAUAAUCGACCCCUGUUCGAUCUGAACACUCUGGUAGCGCAGCUUCCGCAACUUCAAGACCUGGAGAUUCUAUCGCGAAAAUAUCUUCCACCAUAUCGACUAGAUCGGGCCCGAAAAUGGUCGCUACCAAUGCCAGCCAUUGUGCAGACCAUGACGACGCGCGGAAUUCAGCUGAAAAGUUGGCGCUGGUCACGCGACUUUGUCGUCAAGGAGACACCCGAUGAGCUGUUCACCAUGAUGAUGACAGCGCACACGAGCAAGCCAUUUCAAAGACUGAAACGUUUGACGAUGACUGGAUUUAAUUUAUAUAUCUCGACCUUCCAAGACGACAAAAUUGACAGAUUUAUAGGAAAUGUGUCAGCGCCGCCGCUUGCAAGCGUCAUUACUAUGCUGCCCAAUUUAUCCGACCUGACCUUCAUAACUUGCGACGUUGUUAUGGACGAUUUCCUUCAGCACCUGCCCUCGAACCUUACGCGCAUCGAGCUAACGAAUUGCUUGGAGAUCACGAGCGAUAUUAUGCAGAAGUACCUUCACACAUCAGGACAACAACUGAGGGAAUUAGUGUUGAGUCAUGAUACAUCUCUGAACUUCAGCUUUCUAGGCUGCUUGGGGGCUUGCUGUCCUCGUCUUGAGACUCUGAAGAUGGACCUGACUUACUACAGUGAGCGCGUGGCCUCGAGCGAUUCCGGCGCGCUUUAUGAUGAGCUGCUGUUGCCUGGCGAAAGACCAAGCUGGCCAAGUAGUCUCCGUCAUUUAGAGCUUCUCCACGCGCAAAAAUGGUCGUCCGACGCAGCGGAGAGCCUGUUUGACUCACUCGUCAGCAGUGCACAGGCUCUGCCAAAUCUUCGCUAUCUCAUCAUACAUGCUCACAUCGACAUUCCGUGGCGCGAUCGGGUUGGAUUCCGAGACCAGUGGACCAAGCGUCUGCGAAGAGUCUUCUUGCGGCCCAGGAGAGAUCCAUCGCAGAAUAUGGGCUCGUUGAGACAAUAUCGCCUGUGGAAGCAGGCACAAGACAGCCUUACCAAUUCAUCUAUGAAGAGAAAUAUCAUGGCCGCCUCAGUACAAGCGAACAAGAUGGACGAAGGCUCGACUGCUUCCAACACAAAACCUCGCGACGAAGGUACCGAACCACGUCGAAGCCAGCGUGUAGCGGAAACCCGGGCAAGUCAACCGUCAAUGUCAGAGGACUCCGCUGUGGAGUCGACAUCGCCAGGCGACAGCGACGACGAGGCGCAACAGCCAAACGACUUGUAUAUUCAAGGUCUGUGCCAUAAAGUGGAUAUCUCGAUCGACAAUCAGCGCCCUCGUGAGGUGCUCUGGACGGAGCGCGAUUUCCUUGAUAGCGAAAAAAGCGGCGACGAGGACUGGAGCGAAGGGGCA